GAGAGAGAAACUGUAGAAAUCCAUCACAGGUUCAGUUAGGGUUUUGGCUCCAAACAUAUUUGCAAGCCUACAACACUUUCCUACAUUCCCCUGCAAAAUCAACUGAAACAAUGGACGAAUCCAUUACUACUACUACUUCACCUUCCUCAUCUUCUCCUCCUCCACCACCACCACCACCAGAAGAACCUGAACCUAAGAAACUCAAAAUGUCCACCACCACCUCAGAUGAUGAAACAACCAACACAGACCCAAACUCUAUAGAUCGAAAACCUAGAUACAAACGUCGCAAAAUUGCAAUAUUCUUAGCUUACUGUGGUGUUGGUUAUCAAGGCAUGCAGAAAAACCCAGGAGCUAAAACCAUUGAAGCUGAUUUAGAAGAAGCCCUUUUUCAAUCUGGUGGUAUUCCAGAACCUGACCGUGGAAACCCUAAACGAUUCGAUUGGGCUCGUUCUGCUCGUACUGAUAAGGGUGUUAGUGCUGUUGGUCAAGUUGUUUCUGGCAGGUUCUAUGUUGAUCCUCCUGGCUUUAUUGAUCGGCUUAAUUCACAUCUUCCUGAUCAAAUUCGAGUAUUUGGGUUUAAGCGAGUUACGAAUUCGUUUAGUUCGAAGAAGUUUUGUGAUCGAAGGAGGUACGUUUACCUGAUUCCUGUUUUUGCUUUAGACUCUAAUGCUCAUCCUGAUAGAGAAAGUGUGUUAGCUAGUUUAGGUUCUGAAAAUGAACUUUCCAAGUGUUUGGAGUGUCCUGAUAGAGGUAGAAAGGUGCUAGGUGUAAUGGGUAAACGUAAAAUCAUUGAAUCCAAAACAUUAGAAGUUGAUGGGAUCGAUGUUGUUGCUCAAACAGAAACAACUGAAAUUGAGUCUGGGUUUGUUUUGAAUAAUGAUGGUACUGAAAAUGAGAAUGUUGAGUUAGAAUCUAAAGCUUCAGGAGUGGAAGUAUUGGCGGAAAUUGGGGGUUCCGAGGAAGUGGGUUCGGGCUUGGUUCAAAAUAGUAAUGGGGAUGGGAAGGCUGGGAAAAAGAGUGUGUUCAGCUAUGGUGAGAAGGAGAAAGAGAAGUUUAAUAGAAUUCUAGGUCGUUAUGUGGGAACUCAUAAUUUCCAUAACUUCACAACAAGAACGAAAGCUGAAGACCCAGCUGCAAAACGCUUCAUUAUAUCGUUUGACGCGAAUACCGUUGUUAAUGUUGAAGGAGUGGAUUUUGUUAAGUGCGAGGUUGUGGGACAGAGUUUCAUGCUUCAUCAGAUCAGAAAGAUGGUUGGGCUUGCAGUUGCUGUCAUGAGGACUGGUGCACCAGAGUCAUUGAUUGAUGUAGCCCUACAAAAGGAUGUGAAUUUUACAGCUCCUACAGCUCCUGAGGUUGGUCUAUACCUGGAUGAGUGUUUCUUCACUUCGUAUAACCAGAAGUGGAAGGAUACACAUGAAGAGAUUUCAAUGAAAGAUUAUGCUGAAGAAGCUGAGGAUUUCAAAAUGAAACAAAUAUAUCCUCACAUUGGAUCAACAGAACUGAAGGAAGGAUCUGUAGGUAUCUGGUUACAUUCUCUAAACCACCGCAAUUAUCCUGAUUUGAAUUAUCUAGAGGCCAAUAAAGUCGGCAAUAAUGGGCUAGCAGAAGAAAGUGCUGCAGUUCCAAGUGUUCCAGUUGAAAGCGCUCCAAUUGAAAGCGUCGCAUGAUAUGCACAUUGAGUAAGAGCAUUUAUAACCUGAUGUCUCCUCUCUCUGCAAUUUAUAAGUGUUGUAUUUGUUUUUAGGAGGAUAUACUUUCUCCUAUAUAAACUUUCAGACGUAGGUAUUAAACCAAACCUAUUUCUUGACAUAUUUGCCUGUGUUUAUGCUUUAGGCUCGUGUUUGAUAACUGUCAGAUAAGCAUGGAAAUUUGGCAUUUACACAGUGGAAUUGAAUUAAUGGCAUAAAAGCUUAAUCUUAUAAGA